CUAUGACGCAGAACGCACGGUCCUGGAGGCGGGGCUGGAGGGCGGAGGCGCGGGGCCUGGUCCCCCGGUACCAUGGCCAAGACGGUGGCCUAUUUCUAUGACCCGGAUGUGGGGAACUUCCACUACGGGGCGGGUCACCCCAUGAAACCCCAUCGUCUGGCGCUUACCCACAGCCUGGUGUUGCACUAUGGGCUCUACAAGAAGAUGAUUGUCUUCAAGCCAUACCAAGCCUCUCAACAUGAUAUGUGCCGUUUCCACUCAGAGGAUUAUAUUGAUUUCCUGCAGCGGGUCAGCCCCACCAACAUGCAGGGCUUUACUAAAAGUCUCAAUGCCUUCAAUGUAGGGGAUGAUUGUCCUGUGUUCCCAGGCCUCUUCGAGUUCUGUUCCCGUUACACAGGUGCUUCCCUGCAGGGCGCAACACAAUUGAACAACAAGAUUUGUGAUAUUGCCAUUAACUGGGCUGGAGGACUGCACCAUGCUAAGAAAUUUGAGGCCUCAGGUUUCUGCUAUGUCAAUGACAUUGUGAUCGGCAUCCUGGAGCUACUGAAGUAUCACCCCCGUGUAUUGUACAUUGACAUUGACAUCCACCAUGGGGAUGGUGUACAGGAAGCCUUUUAUCUCACUGACCGAGUCAUGACUGUCUCUUUCCAUAAAUAUGGCAAUUACUUCUUCCCUGGCACAGGUGAUAUGUAUGAAGUUGGAGCAGAAAGCGGACGCUACUACUGUCUCAAUGUGCCCCUGCGGGAUGGCAUCGAUGACCAGAGUUACAAGCACCUCUUCCAGCCUGUCAUCAACCAAGUGGUGGAUUUUUACCAACCAACGUGCAUUGUGCUACAGUGUGGAGCUGAUUCCCUGGGUUGUGAUCGGCUGGGCUGCUUCAACCUUAGCAUCCGAGGUCAUGGGGAGUGUGUGGAAUAUGUCAAGAGCUUUAACAUCCCAUUGCUGGUACUGGGUGGUGGUGGCUAUACUGUUCGAAAUGUUGCCCGAUGCUGGACAUAUGAGACAUCACUGUUGGUAGAAGAAGCUAUCAGUGAGGAGCUACCAUAUAGUGAAUAUUUUGAGUACUUUGCCCCAGACUUCACAUUGCAUCCAGAUGUCAGCACACGAAUUGAAAACCAGAAUUCACGCCAGUACCUCGACCAGAUCCGGCAGACGAUCUUUGAGAAUCUCAAAAUGUUGAAUCAUGCACCCAGUGUCCAGAUCCAUGAUGUACCAUCUGAUCUGCUGACCUAUGACCGAACUGAUGAAGCUGAUGCUGAAGAAAGGGGCCCUGAGGAAAACUAUACCAGGCCAGAGGCUCCCAAUGAGUUCUAUGAUGGAGACCAUGACAACGAUAAGGAAAGUGAUGUAGAGAUUUGAAGCUUGGAGAGACUCUGCUCCACAGAGAGUUACCUGCCACUUCAGGGCUGGGCAGGUGGCAAGAAGAGUGACCUUUCCUUGUGUGACUUUCUCUGUCCCUGAGCUUUGCCCUCUACUCUGUGGGAAAGAGUCCAAAGACUGCUGCUGGUCCCAGGACCUUCUUAACCCUUACUCCAGUUUCCUUCUCCCCAAGCCAGAGGUGGUAAUUUUUGGAUAGGUGGAUGGGGGACAGUUCUAGCACUAACUUGGGGCUAGAAGGUCAGCUUCUGUAGACAGGUCAGAGAGGUCACAUGUCCCUGGUGGCCAGUCUCUUAGCUUGCCCCCUGUUCUCAGACUCCUGUCUCCUCUUGACAAAGGUAUUUUCAGGAUGGAGGGGUGGUUGAUAUUGAAGGUACCUUUUUAUUCCCAGCCAUACUGUGCCCUGUCUAAUGUACACUUUAAUUUGGGAGUGGAAAGGGACCAGGGGAGGGUUGUCAUUUGUUUCCUACCUUAUGGGUCCCUUUUGAUUGGGAAAAGAAGGAGUGGAGAGGGGUUUCAUGUCCUGCCUUUUCGUGUUUUAUGUCCAUUUUACCAUUGUUUUUAUCCAAUAAAUUGAGUCAGUAUUUUUCUUAU